AUGGGCUCGUCAAGCGCGAAACGCUUCUCCCUGCGCAGCAUCGGAUCCGCGGCGGCGCUCAUCUUCCUCGUGCUGCUGUUGGUCGUCGCCGGCGGCGUCGCCACACUUCAUCACAGGGACAACACGCCGGAACGGGGCGUCGUCGUCCGUGUAAACGAUCGCCUCCUUCCGCGCAAAAUACUUCGACUCGAGGUCAUCGAAGAAGCCAGCAGCAGCAUCGACUUCGCGAACCAACAACACAGGCCGCCGCCGCUGCUUCCAAGGGGACUCGUCCGUGAAACCAGCAACCUGGAGAUGGAACCGUCACUGGCCGGCGACCCCGAGCGGAUGCAUGCAGCAGCGCCAACAAAGCCGAAGAGCCUCCUGGCGGUGCCCGUAGGGAUCAAGAACAAGGCGGUCGUGGACAAGCUGGUGUCCAAGUUCCUGGCCGCCGACUUCACUGUGAUGCUGUUCCACUACGACGGCGAGGUGGAGCAGUGGGGCGACCUGGAGUGGUCGGACCGGGCCGUGCACGUGGCGGCGCGGGGGCAGACCAAGUGGUGGUUCGCCAAGCGGUUCCUGCACCCGGACGUGGUGGCGGAGUACGACUACGUCUUCGUGUGGGACGAGGACAUCGAGGUCGACGCCUUCGACCCCGUCAGGUACCUCGACGUCGUGCGGAGGGAGGGCCUCGAGGUGUCGCAGCCGGCGCUCGACCGCCGCUCAGAGAUCCACCACGCCAUCACGGCGCGCCCGCUGUUGCCGACGGCAGACGGCGUGCACCGGCGCGUGCGAGGGAACGCCCGCUGCGACGGCGACAGCACCGGCCCGCCGUGCGUGGGGUGGGUGGAGGUGAUGGUGCCCGUGUUCUCGCGCGCGGCGUGGCGGUGCGCGUGGGGGAUGGUGCAGAACGACCUCAUCCACGGCUGGGGGCUCGACUACAGGCUCGGAUACUGCGCGCAGGGCGACCGCGCUAUCAAUGUUGGCGUCGUCGACAGCGAGUACGUGCUCCACCGCGGUGUCCCCAUGCUUAGCGACGGCGGCACCGCGACGCCGUCGGCGGGGCGCGCGGCGGUGAGGUUACGAUCGUUCAAGGAGAUGCAGGUAUUCAACAGGAGAUGGGGGGUGGCUGCUGCGGAGGACGAUUCCUGGACUGAUCCUUACACAGCAGCAGAGCCUCGGACGGCAAAGUGA